CUUCGCCUCGCCCGUCGCUGCCGCGUCGAUACAGCGUCCCUUGUCACAGCACUAACACCAGCGCCAGCACCAGCACUGCUCGGCGCAAGCUGCAGCUACUGCAGUGGGCUCUCUCCCGCUGGCGCCCAUGACCGACCCAGCGAUGGGGGCGCGCAGUGCCGGCGUCCUCGACGAUUCCGGCAACAUGAACGAAUUCGACUCGUCUGGGCCCGUCGCGACAGAUCUGCUCUACCGUUGGGACCACGAUGGACAGGCAAAGGCUCAGCAUCAACAGGAAGAUUCGGAACAGGAUGAAUUGCAAAGCCAGUCUCAAAGUGAGACCCGGGCAAGGGCAUCAGGAACGACUGGGAUUGGUGGUCAUGAGCAGAGCCCCAGCGCUAAUGCAUCUGAGGCGGAGCAAGUGCCCACCUUGCAGACUGAUCAUAUCGGUGACGAACACUCUUCGGACGAUGGCCAAGACGCAGGAUUGAAUCGGCGGCGUGUAGCAGAUCGAACGGUGGAUACAAGUGCUGCCCGAACCAACGGCUCAACAGCAGCGUCGAUGUCGAAUGGGCAUACACAUCUGCACAGAAACGAGACUGUGAAGUCAAACACCGGUACAAUCCCCAACACAGAACACAAUGGAUUGGUAGUGCUUUCAGGACGCGCUGCUACGCUUGCUCAUCUCAAGGACACGAGUUACGCUGUGAAAGCUGAUGGCGGAGUAGCUACAGCCCGCCUGUCUUACACCAAAGGCGAUCGCGAUUUCAUCAUCAACUUCCUCUGCACGACUGAUUUGCCUCCAAAAGGGCGAUCGAUAGGCGAGGAGCUCGCCAGGCUGAACCCUCGACACAGCACGCAAUCCUAUAUCACCUUCCUCCGCGACAACUACGAUCGAGGCAUGCAUCUCGACCGCGUCGUUUUUGCGCGUAGGGCAGAGAUGGGAGCUGCCGCGGCGCGCGAGGCGGACGCGCAGAGGCAGCGAGACGAGGCGCAAAGGCGCAGGGAGGACAGCGUCGCGGCUGAUAUUGCCGAUAUGAGAGAGCAUGCGAUCGACGAGGACCGCUUGCUGCCGCUCGCCGAACCUGAAAUUGAAGAGGAACUUACUUAUGACAGAAACAGAAGCACGGCGAGAGGACUCAGCAACCUCACGAGGGCCGCAGUGCGAAGCCGUGACGACAGCACCGGAGACGGAAGCGAUGUCGAAGCCUUGAAUCAAGCCGAGCACCGCAGAUCGCAGCGCGUGGCGCAUCCGCAAGUACCCGAUUAUCACAUGUCGCGACAUGCCGGCUCGAUGGGCCAAGGGAACGAGGAAUGGGAAGUUACUGGCGAAGAGGAAGAAGAGAAAUCGGGACAUCAAACUAAAGAUGGAAUCGAAGUCGAGCCUGGGCCUGGAGAGGGCAAGGGUCUGCCUAGGCAACUUGCGGAUCGCACAUGGAGCGGGCACAGGCUACGCAUCACGCGCCAAGGCAAGGCCGAAGCACUCGCUUCGAGCAGUCAAGGCAGAGCCGAAGCCAGCAAACCAAUACGACGCUCAGCCACUGGUUUAACGGCACAGGUGCAAGCUCGGGACCUUGCACCACACAAGUCUACGCGGACCGCACGUGCUGCGCGAACCGCGUCUGACGCCGGACCUCAUUCAGCUCGCGGACAAGAUCGGACGCAGAAGCCAGGGAAAAAUCGAUCAACCGCAGGUGCGAGCCGUACGCGCUCUGGUGGCAGCACGCGCUCGUUUGCACCUGCCGCUGAAGAGUUCAGGGCAGACGCGGGUAUUGGCAUUUCGCAAAGCGAGACUCUGGCCGUGGAUGUACAUGACUUUUUCGUCGGAGACCAGGAUGAAGACGCUGAGAUUGAUAUCAACAUGGUCGCGGGUGUUGAAAGUGGAAACCGACUCGGUGCGCUGGAGGGGGCGCCUGCGCGACAAGCUGGGCGCAUAGACUCGCUGUCAGCGGCGGAGGAAGCUGCAGAUAUCCUCAUUCUAGCGUCUGCUCCUGAGAGUGCACCUCUUGCGGAACUGGAUUUGUCCACACCGCAACCUGACGCAGAGGAAGUAUUCCAAAAAGCGGCGAAAAGCAGUCCCAAGGUCCAGGGAAAACUGUUGCGUUCGAGACGGAAGCAUGCCACUACUGCUGGAAGCAACGUGAAGGCGACAUUCACAAAUGCGAACCGCGAAUGGUUUCUUGUGCCACUUCAGUCACUGCUCGAGAAUACUAUCAGCGAACUCGGAGAAAAUGUUGUUUUGGACGCAAGCUUCGUUUUGCAACCUCCGGACACAUUUUUCAAGACCAUUGCCGAACAGGAUCCCGCACAUCAUUCUGCAGCAGCAUGGAAGCACGAAUUUUGGCGCCACGCACUUCAGUACACCAUUUCAGCAAAAGUGCAGCUCAACCUGGACGAGUCUGUUAGGCCUACGCAAGUGGUCAAACCCCUGAGCGUCAGGGUCCUCAAAGAGAAGGAGAAGGAGCACCUGGAAGGCCAAAUACACGAGCGCAACAUCGGGGACGAGGGCGAUCAAGACGAGGACGAAGACGAGGAAGGUUUGCAGAUCCGCAACCCGGUUGCUAAUACCAGAGGAAAGGGAACGUCCUUCAGGCAUGUUUUGGAAGCUCAAGAAAUAUUCAUCAAGGAAUCGCAGCCGUCAAUGCCUUUGCCUACGCUUGUCGAAAAGCAGCCCAGACGCGGUAUUCACUCGGUCUCGAUGGCCGGGCCCUUGAAGCGCGAGCCAGGGUUACCGGAACCCGAUUUUGUUGACCAAAGGCAAGUGUCAUUACACAAGCUUGGAAAAAAGAGGGCAAUGAACUCCCCACCCUCGCACUCUCAGGAUGCGCUACACCAAGAAGUAUUGCAGGACCAGGUGCCACACCAGUUUGAUACGUUGGUCGACGAUGUAUCGUCUUCUGCACCAAAAAAACAGCGUCGUUCCUUCCCAGGCGUUCCAUCCAUCGCCAGGCACUCAUCGGCUCGCUAUAUCGACUUUAGCCAAGAUGCCAGUGCUGGGCCACCUUUCGGCCAUGAGCAGGAUGUAGCCUUUGAAAUGCGCCCACCGCGACGAACGAUUGCGACCACGACUCCGUCGAGCCUGCCGAUCGCAGGGGAACUAUCCCGGGCACAGCGUUCUGUGUCGGUCUCGUCGCGUAUACGCCCACGCACCUCGCUGCCGCGAACGAAAGAGCAGAUACGAGAAGAUUUCCGACGAGCGCUCAGAGACUUUAGAAACGAUUACGGCAUUUCGAAAGGCAAUAUGGCUUUCUGGCUUGGAGAGAAGGUUAACGUCUACAGCGCGAGAAUGAGGAUUGAUGCAGAGCUAAAUCGCUUGUGCAUGGAGACCGGCCGGAGUCGCACACAGCUUGUCGCGCUCCUCAAGCUCGUCGAAGGUGACUGGGACAAGUUUCAGGAAGUGGUUAAUGUAACCAUGUUCGACGAUUGACCGCAUUCAGGAUCGCGUCGACCGUGUCCAUGUACUACAUCUGCAUUCGCACAUCAUACAUGUUGCAACAA